UCUGAAAAACCAAAAAUGGAGGAGAGGGGAGAAAAGGAGAACAAGAAAAGAUUAGGCAACUAAUCAUGUGAUCAUAAUGCGAAAAAGGGAAAAGGCAAAACAACAAAAGAAACAAAAAAGAAUAGAAAGUCACAUCAUUAGACUACUACUGCCAUUCAUUGAAUGGCAACCUUUUCAGUUUUCAGACAAGUAUAAAAUCAAGAAAAACAAGCUUUCUCUUUCCCUGGAAUUGCUAAAAAAAGGCUUGCUGUGUUUUAUGGCUACUUUGCUUUCUUGAAUAUCUGUCAAAAAAAUAUCCAGGAGCUUAAAAUAGUAUGCUGCACAUGGAUUCUUGAACAAAGCAAUUUUUGGCAAAUCAUCAGACCAGAACUGCUGUCUUAGUUGGGAGGGAAGGUUAAAACAACAGCCUUUGAGAUUCUUUGCUUAUCCUCCCCCUUUUUUUUGAGAGGAUAGCUUCCUUGCUUGUGGAUUGAGUUUCAGAUUUCUUGAGCAGAAGCGAUUCCUCGUAGCUUCUUUCAGGAGCAACAACUGAAAGUAAAAGGACCAUGAAACUGGAGCUAAGGAUCAUACACACUCAUUACUUUACACAGCAAACCCAAGUACCAACUAGACCACUUCUGGAAGUUGCCUUUUAUUAUCACAGAAGCCAAACCAAAAACAUCCUAGAAUAUCUCAACCCCACUAGCAGCCAGUUGCUAUUCUUACAUUUCAAUAAAAUCAGAGCCCACUGCAUACCAUUUAAAGAAGCUGUUUACAAUGGGAGAAAACCCAUUGCAGAUAAUGAUGCUAUUGUGAAAGUAAGAAAAGAGAGCAAAAUUCACCACAGGUCCCCAUAGAAACAAACCUGCUUUUUUAUUAUUGCCUGUUGUAUGACCACGAAAAAAUAUCCAACACUUCCUCUGUUUCAAAAAAGCACUAAACCGUCACCAAGAAAAACAUCUGCAAGUCCCUAAAUUUUCCAACUAUGAUCCGCAUCAAACAACGAGGUGGUAUCAGUCACGACAAUGACUACAAGCUGAAAGAUGCUAACCCCCAGCUGGGGGAGCGGGGGCCCACUGGAGGAGGCUAUGGUGGAAGAGUAUGGAUGAAUAGUGGAGAGAAAUUCAGUAGCACAUACGAUCUUGUUGAGCAAACUCACUACCUUUAUGUUCGAGUGGUGAAAGCCAAAGAUCUUCCCCACAAUGGUGUAACUGGAAGCUGUGAUCCUUAUGUGGAAGUCAAGCUAGGGAACUACAAAGGAAGGACUAAGCAUUUUGAGAACAAAAGGAGUCCAGAGUGGAAUCAGGUUUUCGCUUUCUCUAAGGAUCGCAUCCAAGCAUCUAAUCUGGAAGUAUUUUUAAAGGAGAGAGAGAUGGUGGGGAGGGAUGAUUACAUAGGACGAGUGGUGUUUGACUUGAGUGAGGUUCCAAGCAGGGUCCCACCUGAUAGCCCAUUGGCACCUCAGUGGUACAGACUGGAGGAUCGACGAGGACAGGGGAAGGUGAUGGGAGAAAUAAUGCUGGCUGUUUGGAUGGGCACACAGGCUGAUGAAGCCUUUUCAGAAGCAUGGCAUACGGAAACAGCCUUUGUUCAGGGAGAGGGCUUAUUUAGCAUUCGAUCGAAAGUUUACAUGACCCCGAAAUUAUGGUACCUGAGAGUGAAUGUGAUUGAAGCUCAGGAUUUGAUUCCAAACGACAGGAGCAGAGCUCCAGAAGUUCUUGUGAAAGUACAAGUUGGGAACCAAGUCUUGAGGACUAAGAUAAGUCCACCUAACACCAUGAAUCCACUUUGGAAUGAGGAUCUGAUUUUUGUAGUUGCUGAACCCUUUGAGGAGCAGCUAGUCCUUACUGUUGAGGAUCGUGUUCACCCAUCAAAAGAUGAUGUGCUAGGCAAAAUUAUGCUACCAGUCAACAUCUUUGAGAAGCGGUUAGACCACAGGCCAGUUGUUUCUCGCUGGUUCAACCUGGAGAGAUUUGGUUUUGGAGUUUUGGAAGGUGAUAGGAGGAUGGAGCAGAAAUUCUCCAGUAGGGUGCACCUUAGAGUCUGCCUUGAGGGUGGAUACCAUGUAUUGGAUGAAUCAACAAUGUAUGUCAGUGAUACACGCCCAACAGCACGUCAACUUUGGAAGCCGCCAGUUGGGAUUCUGGAGGUGGGUAUUUUAGGUGCUCAAGGUCUUCUUCCCAUGAAGACAAAGGACGGCAGAGGCACCACAGACGCAUACUGUGUGGCAAAAUAUGGUCAGAAAUGGGUUCGGAGCAGAACAAUUCUGGAUUCCUUUGCUCCUAAAUGGAAUGAGCAAUACACAUGGGAAGUUUACGACCCAUGUACAGUAAUUACAUUGGGAGUGUUCGACAAUUGCCACUUGGGGGGAUCUGAAAAGCAGAGUGCUGCUGUCAGUUCAGCCAGAGAUUCACGAAUCGGAAAGGUAAGAAUUCGACUAGCCACACUUGAGUCUCAUCGGGUGUAUGCCAAUUCCUACCCUCUCCUUGUUCUGCAUCCAGGUGGGGUGAAGAAGAUGGGAGAACUCCAGCUGGCAGUUAGAUUCACCAGCCUCUCCCUAGCUAACAUGAUUUACAUAUAUGGCCAUCCCUUGCUCCCUAAAAUGCAUUACAUCCACCCUUUCACAGUAAACCAAAUAGACAGUCUUAGAUUCCAAGCCAUGAACUUAGUAGCAGCACGACUAGGCAGAGCUGAACCACCAUUGAGGAAGGAGGUGGUGGAAUACAUGUUAGAUGUGGAUUCCCACCUGUGGAGUAUGCGAAGAAGCAAAGCUAAUUUCUUCAGAAUCAUGUCAAUUCUGUCAGGCACAAUAUCAAUAAGCCGAUGGUUCGGUGAUGUUUGCCAUUGGAAAAAUCCUAUUACUUCAGUCUUAGUUCACAUUCUCUUUUUGAUAUUGAUAUGGUACCCAGAGUUGAUACUACCAACUAUGUGCCUCUACAUGUUCUUCAUAGGCCUAUGGAACUAUAGGUUUCGCCCACGCAACCCACCCCAUAUGAAUAUCAAACUUUCAUGGGCGGAGGCAGUACAUCCAGAUGAACUUGAUGAAGAAUUUGACACAUUUCCUACUUCAAGGCCACAUGAAAUUGUGAGGAUGAGAUAUGAUCGGCUUCGAAGUGUGGCUGGAAGGAUUCAAACAGUGGUGGGUGACAUAGCAACUCAAGGGGAGAGAUUCCAGUCCCUGCUUAGCUGGCGGGACCCAAGAGCGACAAGCUUAUUUGUAAUGUUCUGCCUUUCUGCAGCAGUGCUUCUGUACGUGACUCCAUUCAGAGUGGUUGCUCUAGUAGCAGGGUUGUACACUUUGAGGCACCCAAAGUUCAGAAGCAAGUUGCCCUCUGUUCCUAGCAACUUUUUCAAGAGAUUGCCUUCUCGAGCUGACGGCUUGCUUUAAUUAAUAGAUUGGAGUCUAAUGGUUGACUUGUCUUCAAAAUCGAUAUGUAUUUAAUUUUCUGUUUACUCCAAUUAGGCUCUUACCAGAGUUUCAUAUGGUUUUCGUAAUAUAAGUAUGAUUUCACUUUUC